AUGUCCAACGACAGGUUCAAGAGCGUGGAGCACCGCGUGUUGGCCAAGACCUCCGGGCCGAGGUUGUCGGUGGCCUGCUUCUUCGGGACACCCGGCGCGGUCGCGUCCAAGAUAGUGCUACGGCCCAUCGUCGGCGCGGUACAGGAGCACGACGGUGGAGGAGCUGCUGCGGGAGUACAGGGCCAAGGGCCUCGACGGCACCUCUGCGCUCCACCACUUCAGGCUCUGAUUGAAUCAUUAAUUAUUUGCUUCGUCUUUUCCAUUUGUGAAUAA